AUGCCGCCCGCGCGGUCAUCGGCGAGAGGCGGGAGGCGCGGCCGGGGGCGAGGAGGACGAGGGCGAGGUGCCGCCGCCGCCGCGGGGACGCGGCGCAAGCGCGACGUGGACUCCGAGGUGGUCGACCUCUGCGACGACCGAGAUGAGUCUUCUCCACGGAUGAAGAGGCGGACUGAAGAAAUCGCAAGCGCGGAACACACCGUGGAAGCUGGCUUGGAAGCACUCUCACGCGACGCCACCGAGGAAGAUUGUGCAUAUGGUGGGGAGCCAACUCCUACAAGGAAUCUGAGGCGUCUUAGAAAACAAACAGUGGAGAGCAACGCUGCAGACGCCAAGGAGUAUGUUGCUGUGGACGUCAAGGAUAGUGACACUGAAGAUCCAGGCAACUUAUCUCCCUGUGGGAGUUUGAAGGUCCGCCAGAUAUUAAAGGAUAUUUCUAGUGGCGUGGCAGAGAGUGAGGCUAAGGUCGUGAAGGAGAUCGAACAGAGUUCUGCCAGCGAUGAUGGCCAAAAACUGGGCCAGCAGAGAAGAUCUAAGCGCCUACAGGCUAAACUAAUUGGGAUUCAAGACUUGGAUGGUGGGGAUACUGACAGUGACAUUUUUGAGGACCGCCGUAGUAGCUCAGAGGAUGAGAAGAGAAGGUUAGUUCCAAAAAGAACAAAGCGCUUCCAAAGGAAGUAUACAUCUGAAUCUGCCAAUGGUGAGGUGAGUGAAGAUAAGGAUACAUGGAGGAGCAGCUCUGAUGAUGAUAAAGACAGUGUUGCACCCCGUCGAAGAUCAAAGCGCUACAAGUUGAGAACUCGAUCUAGCUCAAAUGAUGAUAGAGAUGACAGUGAUGCCGUAAAUUAUUAUGGGAAGGCAAUUCAAUGCAGAAGAAUGUCAAAGCGACUACUAGAGAAACAGAAAGUGGAUCACAUUUCUAAUGAGAGCUGCACCAAAGCUUCUUCGUCAAUGCUAUCAACAUCUUCAUCUUCAGAUAAUGAAUUAUUAUGCAAUUCUGUAAAGUCUAGCAAAAGAUCUUCUCAUGGACCAAUUUGCUCGAUUUGUAAGAGUGGAACUGCCAGCUCUCAUAUCAUUCGGUGCCAGAAUUCUAAUUGUUCUGGCAGCUUCCACACAUUCUGCCAAGAUCCUCCAUUGCAAGAUGGUGUUCUUACAUCUGAAUGUUCUUUGUGUAAAAUCAAUCAAAAUUUGUUGGCAAGGGCAGCAGAAGAGAAUUUGGUGAAAAAAAUACAGAGAUACGUAGGUCACAGAAUGCUGGUUAUUCAGGAAUCUGGUUUCCAAUAUCAAUUCCUUGUAAAAUGGCAUUCACUUUCUCAUCAUCAUGACUGUUGGGUUCCACUUGAAUGGCUUCAAGUUUUUGAUCGUAUACGAGUACAGAAUUAUCUGAAAAAGAGCAUCUUGCUUAAAGAGAUUUAUGUAGAGGAUCAACGGAAACCUGAGUGGUUUGAAGUAGAUCGUGCUAUUGCUUGUCGGAGGAAGUCUGGUUGUGAUAGUACAUGUGACAUCUUGACUACCAUUCAGGAUAACAAAGACUUUCUGGAAUAUGAGUUCCUUGUGAAGUGGAAAGGCCUUGAUUAUUGCGAGGCUACAUGGGAGUCCUGUUGCACGGAAGGUGUGCAGGCUGCCAUUUCCAAGCUUGUUGAAAGGCAUCAAAGUGUUUUAAAAAGAAUUGAUUGUGUCAGCCCAGUAUGCCUAGAAGGGGUGAUUACGGAAGAGAUCCACAAUGGUGCUUUAUACGGCUACCAGCAUCAAGGUUUGCAAUGGAUAUUUGAUAACUUCAAAACUAGGAGGAAUGUUAUUCUUGCUGAUGAAAUGGGUCUUGGCAAAACUGUGCAAGUUGUUUGCUUUCUCAAUCACAUUAUUAAGGAAAGGUUUACGGCAUUUCCUGCACUAGUUCUCGCUCCUAAGAGCAUCCUAUUGCAAUGGGAAAAGGAAUUUGGGCGCUGGGGAGGUGAUCUUAACGUUAUUGUUUAUCAAGGAGACAAGGACUCCAGGAAGUGCAUUCAAGCUCAUGAAAUGUACUCUUCUGAAGGGAGGGUUUUAUUUGAUGCUCUUGUGACAAGCUAUGAAUUUGUCCAAAUUGAUAAAUCAGUUUUGCAGAAGUUUAAGUGGUCUGCAAUUGUCAUUGAUGAAGCUCACAGAUUGAAAAAGCUUGAUUGCAACCUUGCAACUUGCCUAAAACGCUAUAGUUCUGAAUUUCGCUUGCUACUUACAGGAACACCGUUGCAGAACAAUAUGCUGGAGCUAUUUUCAUUACUUCAUUAUAUUGAUCCAGAUGAGUUUUCUGAUCCCAAUGCUGAUGGCCUGUUCACAAAUAUUGAAUCUGGAAACGAGUUGACUAUGGAAGAGAAAAUUGCUCGGAUUCAUGAUAUUUUAAAGCCUAGGAUGUUGAGGAGAAUGAAGUCUGAUGUUUUAACAGAUUCCAUGCCAACAAAGAAGUGGGUGGAAGUUCCAUGUGCGCUGACAGAUUCCCAGAGAGAACUUUACAUUGAUAUUUUAGAGAAGAAUUAUUCAAAGUUGAAUGGGGCUAUUAGAAAUGGCAAGAAGCUUGCUCUGAACAACAUACUUAUGCAACUGAGAAAAUGCUGCAAUCAUCCAUUUCUAUUUCAAGGACAGGAAACCAAACAGCAAGCUGCAGAUGUUUUCCUUUCUCUUGUAGCUGCAUCAGGGAAGCUUCAACUGCUUCAUAAGUUGCUUCCAAAACUGAAAGAAAGAGGAAACCGUGUGCUGAUCUUCUCUCAAAUGACCAUGAUGCUUGAUAUCCUUGAGGAUUUUCUUUGUGACCUUGGGUACAAAUAUGCACGCAUUGAUGGACAGACAUCACUGUCAGCAAGACAGGAAAGCAUAAAAGAAUACAACAGAGCUGAAAGUGAGACAUUCAUUUUCUUGAUGUCAACUCGUGCUGGUGGUCUUGGCGUUGACCUUCCUGGUGCUGAUAGAGUGAUUAUAUAUGAUCCUGACUUCAACCCAUUUAUGGACUUGCAAGCACAGUCCAGAGCGCACCGGAUUGGACAGACCCGACCAGUAGUUGUUUACCAGCUCAUUACGAAGUGUUCAGUGGAAGAGAAGAUACUGCAAAAGUCCAAGCAGAAAUUGGCUAUAGAGAAUAUGUUAAUGAACUCUUCCAAGAAGCCAAAUGCAGAUGAGUUGCAGUCUAUACUGCUCCAUGGAGCCAAGACAAUUAUUGACAGAAAAAAGGUCAGUGCCACGUCAAUCCAGUAUGAUGACGAGGCGAUCGAGAAUCUCCUGAAGCUAGACCCUAGUUCUGAGGAGAAGUGCUCCAAAGAAGACAAUGGCUAUCUUGGGAGCAUUGUGAGCUUUGCUCAUGGUGCUGAGGAUGAAGAGCCAGGUUCCCCCAAGGUUGAGGAUCUCAGAGUUCUUAAGCCAGCUACCCCCAAGGUGGAUUUAGGCCGUGGUAAGAGGCAAAGGAGAGUUGUUAACUACAAUGAUGCGGUAGAGAACUCGGAUAGCGAUGACAUGUAUGCUCCAGAGGGUUCUUCAACCUCAAGUAGCAGCUCUUCCGACAACGACGACUACGAGGCAGACACUUUAACUUCUGCACUUGUAGUUACUGCACAUGAAGCCCAAGCUCCCAACGUUACUUUUGCAACUGAAGAUCCAGGUGCAAUUCCUGCACUUCAAGCCUUGAAGGGUUCAUCAAGGAGCAUCUCAUCUUCACCUGAUGACAACGAAGGCGAUGCCAAGCCCACUGUUGCUGACACCUGACGAGGAUGCACAUAGCCUCUAGCCCUCUACAUGGGUUCAUUGUCUUUUGGUACUCGUCCUUGGUACAGGUUGUAGUCUUUUGAAUAGGAAUGGUCACACUUAAGCUAUGUAACUGGCUAACGUGCGGUGAAACCAUAUGACAUCCUGCUGCCGCUUAUACGAGUUUGAGUCCAGUGGUGGGGGGAGAUAUCUCCCCGUCACAUCAGCUCUCACCCUCACUUUCAUCCUACCCCUCCAAUGCAGGUGAGAAGCA